GGAGCAGGGCGCGAUGAGCCGGGUUCCGCCGGGAAGUUCCCUGUGUUUAUUAAUUUAUUUGGUUCUUAGUGGAUCUUCGCUCCGUCCAUGUCCAACCCAACCCCCAUGGAUAAAAGAGAGGUCGUGCUCCCGUCCAUGCGACCCUUCCCGCUUGCCCCUUUCCAACGGCCAAGUACCGGGAAGUGAAGCGCAGCAGCCGCAAUCCAGGAGGUGAACUAUCCACCAUCUGCUCCUCUCCUUCAUCCUCUCAGUCGCUUGCUUGCGCCCCACACCGACACGCCCAGAAGGAGAUAAGGUGUGUGCCAGGCGGGAAAGAGGGUUUCCGUCUGCGAGCUCUUUAACGGACUCUCUUUCUCUUUCCAUUAUUUGCCGCAAUCUUCUUAUAGGGUUUAGUUUGCAUGGUUGUCGGCGAUCGUCUUGGCUUUUUACUGGACACAGAUAGCAGCAGUUCGUUUUGCGUCGCAUUUUCUAGGGAUUUUAGCUGACGACCGGGUUUAUUUGGAGUCGAUUCGGUGAUUUUGCUGGAUUCAGCAACGCUUUCCCUUUUCUUCUGUUUCUUUUCAGACAGAAGCGUGAGAUAGAUGGAUUUUGAUGAGUAUGAUUACUUAGAGCAGACCGUUGAGAACCCUGGAUUGCAUAAGGCGUCCACGGAGGGCGGGAGUGGGAAUUCGGGGAAGCGGCAGCAAUCGGAGAAGGGUUCCAAGGAUAGGGAUGAUGGGGAUGGGGAGAUCAAGGAGAGUAGGUUGAAGAAGGAAAGAUCAGAUAAGCACAAUGGAGAGAGGAGCGACAAGAGCGAGAGUCGGCACGCAUCAAGACAUGGGCAGCCCCGGCAUUCUGAGAGGAGCUCGGCACACCGUCGAGGUUUGCCAAGAGGGAGCGAGAAGGAUGACCGCAGGAGCAGUAGGAGCAAUUAUGAACGCGGGUCUCGGUAUGGUGAACAAAAGAAGGAGAACAAUAAGUCGGACAAGGGGAGGGAGACGCAGCGUGAAAGAGCGAGUGUACAGGAGCGUGAUGGUGAAAGAGAGAGGGAAAGAGAGAAGGAGAAGGGCCGUGAUAGGUCCCCUGGAAGCGGCAGCCGUUCGGGAAAGCAUAGGAGCGAGCAGGAGAGGGAUGUCGAGAGACAGAUGGAAAGGAGAAACAGGGAAGGAGAGGCAACGGAAAAAGGAGAGAAGCAAAGAGAAAGAGAACCGGAGAGUGAAAUUAGAGACAGUAACAGGAGGCCGAAAGGGAAAAAGGAAGCAGUGGAAUCUGAAGCUGAUCCUGAGAGGGACCAAAGAACUGUGUUUGCUUACCAGAUGUCUUUGAAGGCAACUGAGAAAGAUGUUUAUGAGUUUUUCUCGAGAGCUGGCAAGGUGAGGGAUGUUCGCCUGAUUAUGGAUCGAAAUUCAAGACGAUCAAAAGGAGUUGGGUAUGUUGAGUUCUAUGAUGCAAUGUCUGUGCCCAUGGCAAUUGCUCUGUCAGGACAGCCACUUUUUGGUCAGCCUGUAAUGGUUAAACCUUCAGAAGCCGAGAAAAAUCUUGUUCAAUCAACUGCAUCUGCUGCAGGAGCAGGUGGUCUUGCAGGACCAUAUUCAGCUUUCGCUCGGAAACUUUAUGUUGGGAACUUACAUUUUAAUAUGACUGAAGAUCAACUUAGACAGGUAUUUGAAGCUUUUGGACCUGUUGAGCUUGUUCAACUGCAUGUUGAUCAAGAUACUGGACAUUGCAAAGGCUUUGGAUUUGUUCAAUUUGCCCAAUUGGAACAUGCAAAAGCAGCUCAGUGUCUAAACGGCAAACUUGAAAUUGCAGGGAGGACCAUCAAGGUUUCUGCAGUCACAGAUCAUGCUGGAUCGCAAGACAAUGGGGCAAAUGCUGCUGAUUUCGAUGAUGAUGAUGGAGGUGGUUUGUCUCUUAAUGCUAGAUCAAGGGCAAUGCUAAUGCAGAAACUGGAUCGAACUGGUACAGCUACGAGUAUUGUGGGUUCACUUCGUACUUCCUUGCUCAAUGGCACCACUCCAGUGCAACCUCCAAUUCUUCCUUUUCAAGAGCUGUCUGCUUUGCCUACCUCUGGAGCGUCUAGUGUGGCUCUCCCUGCAGCUGAACCUAUUGGCCUUCCCAGUGAAUGCUUGUUGUUGAAGAACAUGUUUGAUCCAACCAGUGAGGCUGAUCCUGAAUUUGAUUUGGACAUUAAAGAGGAUGUCCAAGAAGAGUGUUCUAAUUUUGGUGUGGUGAAGCAUAUCUUUGUAGACAAAAGAAGUCUUGGUCAUGUUUAUUUGAAGUUUGACAGUGUGGCAGCAGCGUCUAGUGCCCAACGUGCCAUGCAUGGGAGGUGGUUUGCAGGGAGAAUGAUAACAGCAAUGUUCAUGCCCCCACAACAGUACGAUGCAAAAUUUGAAGAUGGAGCUUAAGUGGUGAGAGGACGGGCUUUGGGCUGCCAUCAACUGCGGUAUUUGUGUACCUUGUUGCUUCAUCGUCGAGCUUUUACGUGCUCAUGGCUGAGAACAUUGUACUUUUGUCCCUGCACUUGAUUAGGACGAGUGGCAUAGAAAUUUAAUUGUAAAAGAUCAAAUGGUGCCUAACCUAAUUGCCAUAGGUUAAUAGGAAAAGGUAUGCUUGUAGAAUUUCAGAUUGCCAGCUUAUUUUUUUGCCAAAGAUGCUGACUGUUGAUCUGUUGGUGGAAUUUACUCUUUGCUUAAGUUGUA